AUGGAUGAUGUAAUGAAAGAAACCAGACGAGAGACAUCUAAACUUCUUGUAGGGUACCAAAAUAUGCAGCCUGUGUGGAUCAAUGAAUGCGCUUUCGCUGACGACAUCGUUAUAUUUGCUAGGAACGAAACAGAACUUAAAAGAAAUCUCAAUACAUGGAACAACAAAUUAUCUUCCAAAAACCUUAAAAUAAAUGAGAACAAAACAAAAAUAAUGAUUAGCGGAAAGAGUGAAGAAAUGGUUAACAUAGAAAUAAAUGAUCAAAUAAUAGAGCAGGUAAAUUCUUUCAAAUAUCUGGGAGUCCAAAUAGAAAGCCAGGGACAUCAAAACCAAGAGAUAACUGCAAGAGUCCAAAGCGCUGCAAAUCUAUACCAUAGCAUAAAGAACACAUUUCUAGGUAAAAAAGAGGUAUCAUUGAAGACCAAAAUCAGCGUGUUUAAUUCAGUAUUCGUACCAAUAUUAACAUUCGGUAGUGAGAGUUGGGUUCUCACCAAGAGACAAGAAAGCUUAAUACAAGCAGUAGAAAUGAAAUACCUACGAAAAGUGCUAGGGUUACGAGGAUGA